UUUCUUUGCAAAGCGAGAGCACCAAGAUUGAAUGGUGGAGAGUAGAAUGAAUAUUGCCUUGCAUGAUCUUUGUGCUAACCCUUUUUAAAAUUGCGCGCGAAGAAUCCCCCGAGUGAGUUAUAAAUCGGUACGCGCGCCACGCCGGAUCAUCAAGCUGCGAGCCUCUCGUGCUUAAUACUAGUCACUAAUUAAGUGCUUAAGCUAGUGCUUAACACUAGCUAGGUAAUUGCUCAUCAUUGAUCAAGCGAAGAAGAAGAUGAUGGCGUCACCGGCAUCCAAGCGCGCCGCCGUCGUCUUGCUCGUCGUGGUUGCUUCUGUGAUGAUGGCGACGCCGUCGGAAGCGAUGAGACCGAGGAGGAAGGCAGCCGCCUUGGUCUCGUCGGAGGCCCGCGUCCUCCGCUUCCCCGGCUUCCCGGGAAGCCGCCAGCGCUUCCCGGGGUUCCCCGGAGCCAGGCCGUCGCCGCGUGCGGCGCCGCCGAAGCCAUCACCACCGUCGUCGUCGUCGUCGUCAGUCCCCGGUCUGCCACUGUCUCCACCCGCGGGGGCGCUGCCGCCGCCGUGCGGGAGGUCGUCGCAGACGACGCCGCCGGGCACCUUGAUCCCGGGCAUGCCGGGCAGCGGCGGUUCGUCGUCGUCGGCGCCGGACUGCGUGACGUCGCUGGCGGGGCUGACGACGUGCGCGUCGUUCCUGACGGGGGCGGAGGCGGAGACGCCAACGCCGGCGAGCGAGUGCUGCGGCGGGCUGGGGAUGUUCCUGAACAGCACGGCGGCGGCGGCUGAGGGUGACCGGACGUUGAGGUGCCUGUGCCCGGUGAUCCUCGGCGACGUCAACCGGAUGCUGCCCAAGCCGGUGGAUCCCGUCAGGAUGAUGUACCUCCCCAUCGCCUGCGGCCUCGUCCUCCCGCCUCAAGUCCUCUUCAUCUGCUUCACCGGGCAGCCUAACCCACCGGUGCUCUCCCGUGUUCCUGACUCCUGGUCGACGCUCUCUUCAGCAAUGUCGCCUUGAUGGUUCACGAUAAGAUCGAUUCAAAGGUUACUGAUGAUUCAGUAUCUCAGUUUAAGCUUACAAAGCUGUUGUUGGUCUUGAGGGUUGUGUUUUCAGAAACAGCUGGGCCUGUACUUCAGUAAACCACGGCGUUAGCUACCACACUGCUAUAUAACUACAUAAGAUAGGUUGGUACAUCAUGCGUGGUGUAAGAGUUUAUUUCUUAUUUAUAGGGAAAAAAUAUGUAAGUCAUUUCAUCAAGUAUUCUUUCUCCACAACUAAAGAGAGUGAAAUUUGGGACAAUAAGGAAACUGAAAAUACAGGUCAACUGCACAGCAAAAUUCCAGUAGGAAUGGAAUGCUUUGUCUACAACAUUACUUGUUAUAAUAAUCAAAUUGACAGGAAAACAUAAAUAUCAGUAAACUUAAACAUCCGCAGUCAACCUCUGAACAUGCAUACAUCACAUUUGGCGAUGAUAUGAUGAAUUUUCACUUUCAGCAAUAGUAUGUGUUUCACUUUCAACAGCAAUAGCCGUACACAUGAGCAAAGUGACAGUCUCAAGAUACUCUGAAUAUACGAGGCACUAUGUACGUGUGAGUUUCCCAAUUACACAACUGGUCGCCAUUAAGACUAUGCAAUUGCAGCCAAGAACCAAGAUCAUCCAGAGCAGCAAUGCCAUCUUCUGGCACCUCCUUAUUUUUUCAUUCUUAUUAUUACCAGAUACCUACUAAAUUAGAUCUUGUCUGAGCUUUAUUCUGAGGAUAGGUGAAUCAGAACCUCUUCAUCUGCACCAGCUAGCAAUCUGGCAGCAAAGAAGAAUACUACUAGAGGAGCUAAGGUUCUGCUGUUGUCUGUUCCAUAAUGAAUUCAAUUUGCGCAGAUUUGUUUAUUUAGUUCUAUCAUAUGU